AUGUCUACUGCUACUGCAUCAGCUACAAACGUCUCAAAUAUCCAAGAAAAGGCUGAUAUAAAUUACACAUAUAAAGAUUCAUUCCGUCAUUGGUUGAAAAAAUCAAAUCUUAGUAAAUCUGAAUCUGAUGUCUUAUCAUUAUUACCAUUUUAUCCAGAAUCUGAUGGUAAAAGAAUUGCUAAAAUUGAAAAUGUUGAUAUAGGUAAUAAUCAACAUAUUCAUGAAUUCAAUAUUAGAAAUAUUCAAGAUGAAUCAUUAAAAGAUGAUCAUGUUGUUUUAGUUCAUGGUUAUGGUGCCGCCUUGGGAUUUUUCUAUAAAAAUUUUGAUAGUCUUACAGAAAAACAUGGUAUGAAUUUACAUGCUUUAGAUCUUUUAGGUUAUGGAUUAUCAUCAAGACCCAAACUACCAAAAUUUAAUGAAAUUUCAUUAAAAGAUGUUGAAACUGUGGAGAAUUUUUUCAUAAAUUCGAUUGAAUCAUGGAGAAAGGCUAAAAAAAUUGAUAAAUUUAAAUUAAUUGGUCAUUCAUUUGGUGGUUAUUUAAGUGCUGUUUAUGCUUUAAAAUAUCCAGAACAUGUUUCAAAAUUAAUCUUGAUUAGUCCCGUUGGUGUAGAAAGAAGUAUUUAUGAUCUUUCCAAGACACCAUUACCAAUUGAUCAACAAUCAAAUAUAGAUUCAACAAGUCUUGUUGAAGGACCAGAAAUUGAACAAGAAAUUGGGUUACAUAAUGAACCAACAGAUGAACCUAUACCAAGUUCAUCUUUCUUGAAUGUUGAUUCUAAAGGUUAUGUUAAUAGAUUACCAAAUAUGUCUAAAACUUUUAAAUAUUUAUGGGAUAAACAUAUUUCCCCAUUCACUAUACUUAGAGUAUUAGGACCAUGGGGUCCACAAAUGAGUGCAUCGUGGUCUUUUAGAAGAUUUGGCCAAAUGGGGGAUGCUUCAGAAAUCAUGAAAUUACAUAUUUAUAGUUAUAAUACAUUUGUUGCUAAAGGUAGUGGAGAACAUGCACUGACUAGAAUAUUAGCACCAGGAGCAUUGGCAAGAUAUCCAUUAUUAAGUAGAUUACCAGGUAAUCUACAAAUGGAUUCAUUAUUUAUGUAUGGAGAUAAAGAUUGGAUGAGUAAAGAAGCAGGUUUAACUAUAUCUAAAGAAAUUAAUGAAUUGGGUCCAUCAAAUAGUAAAUAUCAAGUUAUUAAAGAUGCAGGACAUCAUAUUUAUCUGGAUAACCCUGUUGAUUUCAAGCAAUCUGUUUAUAAGUUUUUCGAUUGGAUAUAG